UUGUCAAACAAAUGGAUACAAAUCAAAAGGAUUUUUCGAAAACUUUCGAACGAACAAAGAAAAAAACAACCGGAAGUUCCGUUUCACUUCACUCAGGCUCGAACCUUGCUGCAGCCGAAAAAAGGUCUAAGAUGCGUGAAGAUAGACUGCAACAAAGUGCUGCACGUACAACUGAAAUAAGCACAAUAAAUCAACAGGAUGUUCUUCGAACAACAACUUCUGCCGAAAUAAGGUCAAAAAAGAAAAAUGAUAUGCAGAAACCAGAGACCUCAAAGCGUGGGAGGUCACAAUGCAUCGACAAACCAGAAAUGCCUGCCAGAAAGAAACAGGCUAAAGCAAAGAGUGACAAAGCUAUUACUUGUAAAAUCAGAAGACCUAAAUUGGUCAUUAAGAUAGGGGUGAAAGUUUUGGUUGAUGCCAUUGAGAAAAUGAACUCCAAACAAAAAGCUGCUCUGGAAGAGAUGGGUUUCGGACAGCUUGUGCAUUUGAAGAUACGAUGUAUUCCUGCUGACAUGGCAUUUUCACUACUUGAAAAAUUUUAA